AUGAUGCUGGGGGUCCUGGGGCUCUGGGCACUGCUUCCUACAGCUGUGCAAGCACCCCCCAGCAGGCGGACCUGUGUGUUCUUCGAGGCCCCUGGAGUGCGGGGAAGCACACAGAACCUGGGGAAGCUGCUGGAUGCAGGGCCGGGCCCCCUCAGGGUUAUCCACUGCCUCUACAGCCACUGCUGCUUUGGAAUCUGGAACCUGACCCAAGACCAGGCACAGGUGGAGAUGCAAGGAUGCCGAGACAGCGAUGAGCCAGGCUGUGAGUCCCCCAGCUGUGACCCAAGUCCCCGAGCCCAUCCUCGCCCCAGCUCUACUCUCUUCACCUGCUCCUGUGGCGCUGACUUCUGCAAUGCCAAUUACAGCCAUCUGCCUCCUCUGGGGAGCCCUGGGACACCUGGUUUGGAGGGCCCCCAGGCCAUCCCAGGGGAGUCCACCUGGAUAACGCUGCUGCUGCUGGGACUGCUUCUGCUGCUGCUACUGCUGAGCAGCAUCAUCUUGGCCCUGCUGCAGCGGAAGGCCUGCCGCGUGCGAGGUGGGCCAGAGCCAGUGCCAGAGUCAGAUUCAGGCAGGGACUGGAGUGCUGAGCUGCCGGAGCUGCCUGAGCUACGCUUCUCCCAGGUCAUACGGGAAGGAGGUCAUGCAGUGGUGUGGGCUGGGCAGCUGCAAGGCAAGCUGGUAGCCGUCAAGGCCUUCCCCCUGAGGGCUUUGGCCCAGUUCCAAGCUGAGAGAGCGUUGUACGAGCUGCCCGGCCUACAGCAUGACCACAUUGUCCGCUUUAUCACCGCUAGCAGGGGCAGCCCUGGCCCCCUGCCCUGUGGGCCCCUGCUGGUACUAGAGCUGCACCCCAAGGGCUCCCUGUGCCACUACUUGACCCAGCACACCAGUGACUGGGGCAGUUCCCUGCGGAUGGCACUGUCCCUGGCGCAGGGCCUGGCGUUUCUCCAUGAGGAACGUUGGCAGGAUGGCCAGUAUAAACCAGGUAUCGCCCACCGAGAUCUGAGCAGCCAGAAUGUGCUCAUUCGGGACGAUGGGUCAUGCGCCAUUGGAGAUCUGGGCCUCGCCUUGGUGCUCCCUGGCCUCGCCCAGCCCCCAACCUGGGCCCCUAGUCAACCCCGAGGCCCGGCUGCCAUCAUGGAGGCUGGCACCCAGCGGUACAUGGCACCGGAGCUCUUGGACAAGACUCUGGACCUUCAGGACUGGGGCACGGCCCUGCGGCGAGCUGAUGUCUACUCUCUGGCUCUGCUCUUGUGGGAGAUUAUGAGUCGAUGCCCAGAUUUGCGACCUGACAGCAGACCACCACCCUUUCAACUGGCCUAUGAGGCAGAACUGGGCAGCGCCCCCACCACCUGUGAGCUGUGGACCUUGGCAGUGGAGGAGAGGAGGCGCCCUCACGUUCCAUCUACCUGGUGCUGCUUUACCACAGACCCUGGAGGCCUGAGAGAGCUCCUGGAGGACUGCUGGGAUGCAGACCCUGAAGCACGGCUAACAGCUGAGUGUGUACAGAAGCGCCUGGCUGCCCUGGCCUCUCCUGAGGAGGCCCACCCCUUCCCUGAGGGCUGUGCGCAGGACUGCUCACCUUGCUGCCUGGAAGACCAUCUCUCCACUCCUCCCGUCUGCCAUUCUCCCCAGUAG